ACGUCUAGUUUCUAACCGUUCAACAUAAUGUCUCUGCCGAUCGAAAAAGAAGAGGAAUGGCUAAGUUCCAUUAUAUUACCAAAAUUACUAACAGAUGGCAAGCUAGUGGAUAAUUACAAUGAGGAUAAAGCUGAUACAUUUCAAGUGGAAUCAAUAGAUAUUAAUGUAAUUGGAGCCGCUGAAGCUUUCAUGUUGACCCAAUGUUAUCGCGCCACAAUCAAAUUUGUUUACGCUGGCGAACGUAUAACUACUAAAUUGGUCAUUAAGAAAACACCUGAAGUGCCAGAACAGGUAUACAAGUCAAUACAGUUUCCAGAACUGUUCAGUAAUGAAAUUGAUUUCUAUACUGUAAUAUUACCAAAAAUCCAAAGUCUGGCAGGUGGAAAAUUUGCAGCACCAAAGUAUUAUUAUAGCGAUCAGCAAGUGGCUUCGGCUACUGUAAUAUUGGGAGAUUUCGCCACAGAUGGCUGGCGUGUACCCAAAGAACGGGUGGGUCUCAGUUUGGAGCAUGCUCGCAUUGCUAUGCAAUAUUUGGGACGAUUCCAUGGUUUUUCCUAUGCUUUAAAGUACAAGGAGCCGGCGAAGUUUGCUGAAUUAACAGAGAGAUUGAGAGAAUCACGUUAUGCUCGAGAUGAUAUGCAUCCGGAUUGGGCAUUAAUAUUGAAAACAAGCUUGAAACGCAUGCAGAAUUCCAUAGCUAAGUAUCAGCCGGAUGUGGAUGAAGAAUUUGCAAAGAAAUUUAUUAAUCUAACUGAGGAUUAUCUGCAUUAUGGAAGGCAACGGGUGGCUCCACAAGAACCAAUUGCCACUCUCUGUCAUGGUGACUAUUUGCGGAACAAUGUGGCCUUUAGAUAUGAUGAGAAUGAUCAACCAUUGGACAUUAUGAUGUUCGAUUAUCAGACAUUGAGAUAUUCCUCGCCCAUGAUUGAUUUGACCACAUUCCUGGCCAUCUCUGUAUAUGCCGAGGUGCGUCACAAACAUUUUGAUACGCUUUUCGACGAUUACUGCCAAAACUUGUUCGAAUCCUAUCGAAGACAUGCAAUUGUGGAGUUGCCCAAAUCCAUUAAUCGCGAGAACUUGCUUAAGGAGUACAUACGUUUCUUGCCCUAUUCUGUGUCCAUAAGUAGCAGUUUUUUGCUCGCCCUGGUGGAACCUCAAAAUGUUUCUGCUGCCGAAAUGAUGAAUAAUCAGAUGUCACCAGAGGAAUUGAUUAAGGACACAAUGCAGCGAGGAGGUGAAAUUGUUAAUCGUGAGGUUGCCCAUCAAGUCAAAGAAAUGUUUGAUCUAAGUCGCAAAUAUAAUGUUGAUAUUGCAGAAGGUAUUAAACCAAAAGAGUAAUAAAUAAAAUAUUAAUACUAUUAAAA